CAAAAUAUCUUGAAGCAGUUUCACAGACAGAGCAUAGCAGAGGGAGAGAGAAAACAUAGUUGUUUUGUUUCAAUUUUACAUUGUGAGCCGAGGGGGAUCCAUGUAAGCUAACUUAAUGCUGAACACCUGAUCCAAACCCAAAGAGGAACCAGAACUUCAGAGGAGGGAGGGAGACCCACAGACACUCAGAUACGAUGGAGGCAUUCAACUCCAAGGAUAUGGCCAUGAAGGCACAGAAGAAGAUCCUUAGCCACAUGGCCAAUAAAUCCGUCGUUCAGAUGUUUAUUGAUGACACCAGCAGUGAGAUUCUGGACGAACUCUACCGGGUCUCCAAGGAGUACACUGGCAACCGCUCAGAGGCCCAGAAAGUGAUAAAGAACCUGAUCAAGGUGGCCGUCAAGAUCGGUGUCCUCUUCCGCCACAAUCGUUUCAAUGAAGAGGAGAUUAAACUGGCCCAGGACUUCAAGAAGAAGUUACAUCAGGGUGCCAUGACAGCUAUCAGCUUCUACGAGGUGGAAUUCACCUUCGACCAGACUGUGAUUUCAGAGAUCUUGACAGACUGCAGGGAUGUGCUACUCAAGCUGGUGGAUAAGCAUCUUACACCCAAGUCCCAUGGGCGCAUCAACCAUGUUUUUAAUCAUUACGCUGACCCAGAGCUACUCACCUCCCUCUACAGUGCACAGGGCCCUUUCCGCCCCAACCUCACCAAAAUAUGUACCGGCCUCAACAAGCUGGUGGAGGAGGACAAGCUAUGAGUUGGUUGACUUGCAAGAGACUGAAUGCCUGACUGUGGGACACCUGCUCAGAACUGUUUACCAGGAACAAGGAAGCAACAUUCUUACCUAAAAAAAGUCUACAACUGGCUUUGAAAAACAUCAUGCCCAAAACUGACCACAUUAGAUGUGACACCCAUAUUAAAUUGUCUUCCUGUGGGGCAAUUAUUCCCAUAUAGUCUGCUGGAAUUGAAGAUGAGGUAACCACUCAAAGUGACUUAUAUGACAUAUAUGCACAUUUAGCUAAAGAGUGAUUAUUUCAGUGUUAUAUGAAGUGACAUCAUUUUUUUUUCUUGUUUGUCCAAGGGAUUAAAAUUCAGUUUUACCGGACACUGAAUUCCAAGCAGGUUCUGGACAAUUUCAGCUUGUGAUUUUUAGGCCAGAAUAGAAUUCCAAUCCUGCAUUUGCUGUUCACAAAACCUCUCACUUCCUAGUGUGAAUGUGUCCAUGUGUGUGACAUUCCCCAGGAUAAAUGAUUGAACAAAAAUGAUAAAAAGUAUUAUUAUUAUUAUUAUUAUUAUUAUUAUUAUUAUUAUUAUUAUUAUUAUUAUUAUUAUAAACAUGGAGUUUUUACUAUUCCAGAAAAUAUUAAGUGUAGAAUUGUCAUUCCACAUUGAAUUAUUUGCUUUCAUUUUACAUUAAAUAUAUUAUAACGAAAGGAAUACUGGAUUUGACUACUUAAACAUGUGACACGGACAUUACACUGCCAUCUAGUGGUUUAAUAUGGCGUGUGCUAUAGGAAUAUUUCAGAGAACAGGAUUGUGAAACACUACUGACUAUUUAUACAUAUGAUCUAAAGUAAAUUCAUUCCAAUUGUUAAAUGCACCCACUUCAAAUUAUACUAUAAUUGAAGCAUUUUUUCCAUUGUUGCUCGUGAUCUUGUCCUCAUGAUAUACUGUAAAUAAAAUGACCACAUGUAACAAUU